AUAAAGUUUCGACGGCACGUUGAGAAGGGAUAUAAAAUAAAAGCAAAGUAAUCCCACAAGAUAUACAAUCUGAGUCUCUGCUUAUUUCUCACUUCAUUUGCCCAAGCCUCUCACUCAACCUAUUCAAGAUGGCUUCACAACGACUUGAGAAUAUAGAUCAUAUCAGGGCGGUAGAUGCCUUUCCUCAUCCCCAGAUCAACCCUGAAGACUAUGCUACAUAUAUGCAGCAAUACUACACAGUCGUCUGGAGGAAUGACGACGCCGGGACCAACCGCGAGACGCAACUCGGCUACAUGCGACGGGAUGUGUGCCACAAGAUCAUUGAACAGGUGCCGAAAGAAAUCCGAGGCGAGGUGAACGUCGACGAGUCAAAAGGCACCGUCUCGCUCUUCCAGGACUUUGGAUCUACGCCCGAGGAGCGCACCCCCAAAGUUCACGCCGUGUCCCUGUACCUGCGAGACCAUCAAGUCUUCCCCAUCCUCAAGGGCUGGCGCAAUGAGCUGUGGCCGGUCUACGGCGACGACGGGAAGCUGCUCUACAGCAUGGAGCGGGUAACCCUGAGCCUGCUGGGCGCGAUGCGUUUCGGGGUCCACAUGACCGGCUACGUCAAGUCGCCAGCCUCCAAGCAUGGCAUCAAGAUCUGGGUGCCGAAGCGCGCCGCGGACAAGUCCUCGUUCCCCGGCAUGCUGGACAACACCGUCGCCGGCGGCCUCAUGACGGACGAGGAUCCCUUUGAGUGCAUCGUGCGAGAGGCCGACGAGGAGGCCUCGCUGCCAGAGUCGGUGGUCCGCCAGGGGGCACAGUCGGUGGGCACCAUUACGUACAUCUACAUCACGGACGAUCGGACAGGCGAGGCUGGUUAUGUGUAUCCGGAGUGCCAGUGGGUGUAUGAUUUAGAGCUACCUGCUGACGGGAGCGUGGUCCCCAAGCCCAAGGACGGCGAAGUGGAGAGCUUCCGCCUGUGCACCGUCGACGAGAUUCGGGAGGACAUGGCUUCAGGACGGUUCAAGCCCAACUGCGCCGCCGUCCUAGUCGACUUUUUUAUCCGCCAUGGUAUCCUGACACAGCAGAACGAGCCGCACUUGGAUGAGAUUGAUCGGAGAUUGCACAGAGUAAUAUCCUUCCCUGGUCCUCAUCUGCAGGCCGCGAGCUGAGGCAGCUUGUGCUGUGGGGUUACCCACAGACCUGACAGACCACUAUCCAAAAUGCAUAUGGACACUCGCAAAUACCCGGGAACAAUGAGAUAUGAUCAGUCGGGCAUCCCGGAACUACCGGUACCUCGCCCAGUGGAUUUGCACUCAGUGCUGUUUCUUGGCGGAACAAAAGGCCUCACGUCAUCCACUAGAUUCCCACAUGUAGCAGCCUCAUCCAUCUCAGAAACAAUAUCAUUGCGAGUCCGUAUCAAGCUUGUGAAGGUUCUGGCGAUGAAGGGUUCUUGGUGAUUCGCUUAAUUUGGCGAAUCGGGUAUAUGGUUAUGUCGAACGGCUUUUACUCGCAUCGUGUUUUGUGGAUUGUUUACGCGAAACUCGGUUUAAUCCUUGUUUCCUUUGAUGAGCAAGUAGAUAUAGUCCACGCGUAGAGGGGUGAGCUUCUUGUAAGGGCCAUUGAGGCACAUUAAAAGCCCACCGAAGGAGAUAUACGCCUUGCUAGACAAGUGGAUUUCGCCAUCAGCCACACAGGAACCAAUGCAUCACUGCCCGCCUGCAGCCUGGGCGUCUUGUUCACAACCCUCAAAGCACAUAUCACACUCACAUGUUGUCGC